ACACAGUGGCGGGUAUCUUCGCAGCCGAUUUUGUUUGACCGACUGUUUUUCUUGGUUGCUGAUAUUUGAAAUGCAUCUAUCUCUUGUCUUUAAUUAAUUACUAAUGGAUUUACAAACGGUUUAUACGGAAGGACAUGUCUUCAAAGAAAAUAAAUUGAAGUUUGCUAAAUAUUCGGGGUUCCCCAGAUAUUCAGAGCUUGUUAAUAUUCAGAAACAGUUUGAUCGACCAAAAGAUGAGAAUGAUUUGUAUCCUGCUCGGAAUGGGAUCCAUAUUAUUCAUAAAAAGAGGAAAGCAGACGACGCCAAUUUGCAGAUUCACGAUGGCUCUUCUGCACCAAGGUUGCACCGCUUGCAUGUUCCUUCUUCUCCUAGUGGUCAUUUACAUGGUCAUUUGGGAGCUCAUGUUGGCUCGUUUUUACAGCAUCAGACAUGUACUUACAACACAUCUGAUAUCUCUGCAAUAAAUGCCCCAAUAUCUGACAUCUCAAGUAGUGCUAUACAGUUCUCUAGCAUGAAUACGCUGCCGGCUGCAACCGCAAAGGCGAACUCAAAGCUAACUACAACUGAAGGUGACUAUGCCAUAGUUGUCGGGGAGAUGCUCAAUUCUGGUGGCGAGGCAUAUGAAGUUCUUUCAUUUCUCGGGCGAGGAACUUUCGGCCAGGUUGUCAAGUGCCGCUGUCGAUCAACGAGUCGUUAUGUAGCCAUCAAGAUAUUGAAGAAUCUACCUUCCUAUUUAAGGCAAGGCAAUAUAGAGAUUCAAAUUUUGCAAACACUGGCUCAACAGGAUACAGAGUCUCAUAAUAUUGUCAGGGCGAUUGAGUGCUUUCAACAUAGAAACCAUAUGUGUUUCGUGUUUGAGUUAUUGGAUCAAAACUUAUAUGAGUAUCUCAAGUCAAAUAAAUUUCGUCCACUGACGCUUCCUGAGAUCCGCCCCAUUUCUCAGCAGGUUCUCACGGCCCUAUCAAAGUUAAAGACUCUUGGUUUAAUUCAUGCUGAUUUGAAACCGGAAAAUAUAAUGUUAGUGAAUCCAAACUCAGAAAACAUGCGUUACAGAGUCAAAGUAAUCGACUUUGGUUCUGCAUGCCAUAGCUCCAAAGCUGUUCAAAAUACUUACCUUCAGUCACGUUACUAUCGUGCUCCUGAAAUCCUUCUGGGCUUACCUUUUGAUGAAGCAAUUGAUAUGUGGUCACUGGGAUGUGUUUUAGCUGAGCUUUUCCUCGGCUGGCCUUUAUAUCCUGGUUCAUCUGAAUAUGAUCAAAUGAGAUACAUAGUAGAAACCCAAGGUUUACCCCCUUCUGAUAUGUUAAAAAAUGCUGGAAAAUGCAACACAUUUUUUGUACGUGAUCAUUAUCGAUGUGAUUGGCGGUUAAAGACUCCGGAAGAAUAUGCUUCUGAAACUGGUCAGCAAGCUAAAGAGGCUAGGAAAUAUUUCUUCAAUUCUCUAAAUCAAAUCCGUGAUGUAAAUGGACAUUCUGCGUCUGAUGAAUUAGACCUUGAUAUCGUCGAUCGCCAGCAAUUUACCUAUCUUUUAACGGAGAUGCUAAAAAUGCGUCCAUGUGAUCGAAUAACACCUGAUGUGGCCCUUCAACAUUCGUUUGUAACUAUGACUCAUCUUCACUGUCAGCCUUUCGCUAAACGAACCCAAGAAUCUCUCACACUGAUGCAGGUUUGUCAUAGUAACGCACGUAGGCAGCAUGCAACUGAUUUUAAUUCCAAUUCGAAAUGUAUGUCUUUACCACAGAAGGUUGUUAGCACUUUCCCGGAAACUCUUCAUUAUGUUACUUCGAAUAUUAUUGAUACUCGAAAUGCAUUGUCUACACAAAUUAACAGCCACCCAUAUCAUCAGGCCAAUCACUCAUCUAACUGUCGGGCUGAUGCUAGAGCUGCAUACUAUGCCGCAGCAGCAGCAGCGGCGGCUGCGUUUUCGGCGAAAUCAACUUCACAGCUCAUCCCAAUUCCUAAUAGUAAUUCAUCCAGCUUCCCGUGCUUGCAUCAGUACUCUUCACUGAAUGCUAUCAAUGAAACUAAUCAUGUGUCUCUUCCUGCGACAGAAUCUGGGAAUGUAUGCCCAGUCAUUGAAUGUACUCCUGCAACUAUAAUUAUUUCUCAAAACAAAUCUGAGGUUUGUGCGAGACCAAGUCAAGUAACUGCUGAUAGUUUACCGGCAACAUAUGCUUCUCCAAUGCAACGUUCUCUUUCGUUCUACGACUUGGUAACUGCUGGUGGUGCUGGUAGUGCAUUAUCCCUACUAAAUGCUGUCACCGCACCUGCGCCAUCACCAUUUUUAAUUAGUAGCUCCAUUCCAGCUCCAAGAGUGCAGCCAUUGAGUUGUGUCUCGACAAACUCUUCGCAAACAAACCAUAUCCGACAAAUGCUACAUCAUCCUCUCCACUCUGUUUAUAUUCAACCUGAACUCAGCAGGUUAUCUGAAGGUGACAAUUCAUUUAUGCUGGAUAUUGUAGGUCGAGAAAAAGGUAAUGGGGCUUGUACUGCUCGUCAAGAGUCCAUUGAUGUGACGUGUAAACCGAAUACUGGUUUAUGUGAUACUCUGUGUGCUUUAGUAAAUCAGCAACAUUUAUAUCAAUAUCCCGCAACUGCUGUUGCAGCCUUAGCUGUGGCUCAUCACCAGCAAAAUUUCAAUAAUAAUCAAAAACAUCCCUCUACUUUAUUUAAGUCCACCCGCAGCAGUGGAUCUGAGUUUGUUAACAAUGUCUCCAGAAGAUGUAGUGAGUGUCAUGGAGCUUGUCCAUCACAUUUAGUCAAAGGUCCAUUGAUCAAUUCGAGAAUCAAUGAGAUAGUUCGACCGGACCUUAAUUGUUCUCGUGCUCCAACGUAUGAAGUUCAUGGAUCGGUAACUCAACAAUCUCUGUCACACCAGGACUCUACUUCAUUUCAUUAUCAAGAUCAACAACCUCACAUGGUCAAUCAUAGCGAUGUCCACAAACAUUCUGUUGCUCAAGUCCAACCGAACAAUCCUUUUGUGAACGAUACAGAUUGCAUGCCUAUGAAUUUAGUAACAAACAACUCAGAACCAGUUGUAAAUAAUGCUGUCAAUUUGUCAAUGCUUCCUCCAAGUUCUUCGUAUAACUCCAAUCGCAUGAAACGUCAGUCUGUCGCUAUAAAUUCUAGUUCUGAGAAUGUAGAUAGGAUUUCUCAUAGUUUAGUUCAACAUGAUACAUUUAGCUGUCCUUCAGAAAUUAUAUCAAAUCCUAAUGCUAUCAAAUCGGAUUGCGGAUUUCCGGGGGCGUACAAGUCAACCUUCGAUUUGAUGUGUCAACAGCGUUCCGAUAAAAAAAGUAGGUUCAUUUUCAUGGUUAUUUCUAAUAUCUUGAUGUGAAUACGUGUAGUCUUAUAAUCACAUUCAAACUGUGAAUUAGAUUUCUAAUAAUAAUAGUUAACUAAAUCUAUACGUUCUUACUGACUUUGUUACGUCAAUCCCAGAGCCCUACUCAGGCGUAUCGUAAUUUCGAUGCGAGUAGACUUACCUUAUCCUUACAACUUUUCGUACACCAUAAGUUAACUAGGCAUUCACUUUUUGUUUUGGUUCAUGAAUUUCGGUUUCAAUAUAGUUUUCACUUAAUAGAUGUAAUCUAUUGUUUACUUCUCGCCAGUUAGUGGAUUGUUAGCGUAGGCACUGGUAUCGUUUUUGGUUUUUAUAUCUUCUAUCCAAAAAAUUAUGUAGAGAUAUUGUUCCAACAACUAUCUGAAUAUAAGUUUAGACGUAUGCUAGCAAAAAGUUUACUAAAUUGUUGUGAGCAAUGGUGGAAAAUGAAAAGCCGACCUCCAUAAUGAAUACUGGGGAAAUUUGCAGUCUCGUCUAAGGAACAUUUAUUAAAAAGUCGUCUGAUAUUGAUCUUAUUCCGAAAAAAAUUGCAAUCGUGAUUUACUCACUUUUGUUACAGCUAUAAAGUAAUCAGCCUGAUCAAUACAGUGUUUAAAAUAUUAACCAGCAGAGUUUAAAUAUUCUAAAUGGGGCUGGGCUACAGCAAACCCGGGAUAAACAAUGUAAUUUUAGACCUGACUAAAAAUAUUGAACAAAUCUUCACCCUUGGGCAUGUUUUAGAACAAAUAUGCAUGACGACGGUCGACCGUAAUAUCUCUUGAAGUGAAGGCUUCGUUCGACCAAGUUGACCGAGUUGUGUUGUGGCGAUGUUUUUCUCUGAAGGAUGUACCGAGAAGUACGUAAACCUUCUGAAGGCUAUUUACCCGAACCUACCAUUCUCAUUCUUAUUUAUUUUUCUGUUAAAUAUCUUAAUAGAAAUUACAAUUUCUUCACCUACCUUUCUGAAUUAUAUGACGUAAAACAUGUCCUGUUCAAUGAGGAAAACGUUGACAAAAUGCAGUUUUCUAAGUCUUGAAAAACUGUACGUUAUUUCUACCACUUUUAGACCUUCAACUAAUCCUUAGAUCAUACGUUAUAUAUAUCUGACAAUCACUUCUCAUGGCACGAAAUGCUGUUCGAAAGCUAAUAGUGGGUGAGUGUAGAUUGCGUAAUUGGGAUCCACUCAUUAACUGGGGUUAUUGAUUGAAGUGACUGUGAUAUAGUUAAUAAUCACUGUUGUGGGACAGGUACAUCCAUUUUUUGACAGACUAAACGUUAUGGCUGGAAAACUCUUGUCAUAAUCAUUACUAUCUACGUAAUAAAUUAAGCACUUAUUUACGGAACUUUUAUAAACAAUACAGAUUCAUACAUUCAUUUUCCUCUCACACUGAAUUCGUUUUGGUUUCGACAGCUAUCAGUCCACUGUUAUAUUUAUCUUUCCAAAUUCUAUUUAACAAAGUUAUAUCAUAUACAAAUAAUGUAGCUAAUCACUUCCUAACUGUGAUAUUGUAAUUGUGCUUCGAUGACUGGUUGUUGUCUCUGGUCGCAAUCAGGUAGUCACUGACUUAGAUUUCUUGAGACACCACUUUAUUUAAAGAGUUGUAAGUGUAGACAUCAUAAAAGCUAAAACAAAAAUGUAUGUUCAAAUUGUACAAGUAAAUAGAGUCACUCUCCCUUUCACGUAAAAGAUUCUGCUUACGAAUCAGUACUCAAAUAUAUAAUAUUAUAAUAUUUUGGGAUUUUUAUGUAGUAGAUUAAAUUACUUAUUCUUUCGAUCAUUUUAAUUUUAGUACCAGUUGGUCGAGUUCAACCGA